UUCGUAACCCCAAAAUUACAUCCGUUGAACAAAUAAAAACUUCAUAUAUCUCCCAAAAUUACAUCCUCACCAGCUACGUACGGCGCAAUGCUUCCACAGUUACUCAGCCCAGCCUACUUAUAUGGCGGUUACCUCCGCCGCGCUUUCACCUCUUCCGGACUCUCGUCCCAGACAAUCGGCAUCGACAGCGAAACCACAAUUCACUUCUGGGGUCCCAGGACUCCCAAAACCGACCAGACUCAGAACAGCACCGGUCAGAAACCCUCCCUGGUUUUGAUCCACGGGUUCGGUCCAAUGGCGCUCUGGCAGUGGCGCCAGCAGGUCCAGUUCUUCUCCCAUCACUUCGACGUCUACGUCCCCGACCUAGUCUUCUUCGGUGGUUCCACGACCCGUUCCUCUGAGAGAAGCGAGAUCUUUCAGGCGGUUUCGGUUGGAAAACUGCUGGAGAGGUUGGGGGUACAGAGGUUUUACGUGGUGGGAACGAGCUAUGGUGGGAUUGUGGCGUAUCACAUGGCGAGGAUAUGGCCGGAGAAAGUGGAAAAGGUUGUGAUUGCAAGCUCUGGAGUUAAUAUGAGACGAAGAGACAACGAGGGCUUGUUGAAAAGGGCCAAUUUGGAGAAGAUUGAGGAACUUAUGUUGCCGGCCACGGCGGAACAGUUACGAACGUUGCUUUCAUUGUCCGUCUCAAAGCGUUUCCACCUGUUGCCGGACUUUUUCCUUAACGACUUUCUACACAAAUUGUACUCCCAAAACAGGAAGGAAAAGAUGGAACUCCUGAAGGGACUAACGCUUGGAAGAGAUGACAAAGCAAACAUUUCUCCUCUCUUGCAGGAGGUAUUGAUUGUAUGGGGAGACUGCGACAAGAUAUUUCCCUUAGAGAUGGCAACUGAGCUAAAAGUGCUUCUUGGGGGAAAGACAAGAUUAGAAGUGAUAAAGAACACAUCGCAUGUUCCCCAGAUCGAGUGUCCGGGACAGUUCAACAACGUUAUCAGAUGUUUCUUAACUGGGUCCUCAUAAUUAUCUCGAUUGUUAUCUAUUUAAAAAUUCAAUGUUAGAUGUCAAUAGACUAUGACAUAAUGGAUUUUAUGCGUAAUUCAUGUUUUUGCUUUCUGUAUUAAAUCUGUUUAUGAUAUUCAUUGAGUUUUGAUUUUUCA